AUGUCGGAAACACCUACACUACAAGAACCUCUACAAGAACCUCUACCGCCAAUUCUCGAGCGUAAUGGUUUCCAGUUGCGCAACAGAGUGUUCAGUGUUGACGGCGUCGAGCGUUAUGAUGGCCCGCGUUUACAGAAGCUAUUCAAUCCCUCGACUCUCAGUCAACCGCAGGAUCAAAGAUAUACGGAAACAGACACCCUGAAGCUGUUCAAAAAGCGAUUUUUCGCUGCUCAGUUGCAAUUCUAUGAAAUCCCUUUCAAGAAGUCAUCCAGCAAGCCGCAACUGCACCUUCUGCUUCAAGAUGCAGUUCGUCAGGGCAAAUGUAACCGUCUUCCCCUAUCGAUACUGGAACUGGAGACUAUAAUGCGAGCAGAUCAUGAGCCUCUGCAGGAGGAGUGGGAGGCCAAUUACAUAGCAUGGCGUAAAGAGAAGAGGCGAAGGAACGAAGAGGCCUUUAGGCUUGCUAGGCGAAGGGAAGAUGAGGCCUUUAAGCUUGCCAGGUCAGCCAGUGAAAGGGUGGCCCUGGAUCCCGAACGAUUCAUUGCCACAUACUUCUUGACGAAUGGAAAGCAGGAUAUGGCCAAAGUUAGAAAACCACUGGUUCUGCGCAAGGUGCAGAACGCACGGAAAUUUGAGGAUAUGGUAAAGAAAAGAGCCCCCAGCCUGUUCAUCUGGCACAGUCGAACAACAAAAGAUGAUGAAAAGGCAAACAAAGCCCGGCUAAGGGCAUUGUGGGAACAGCAGCUGGAAAGACACCGGGAAUAUAUCGCUCAAGCACAGCUCGGAGAGCCGAGCAGAGGGCCAAACAAACAACCCGAAGGGUUCAGUCUUGAUCGAUGCAAGGGUUCUUACGUUGUCCGCUGCGCGGAGAUUGCAGACGAAUGGUUGAGUUUUCUAAAGGGACGAACUUUCACCAUGGAUAUAUGGAGCCGAGAUGAAAAUAUUCUGGUCGCGGCCUUUGACUUUGGCUUAAUAGAGGGAACUAUGAUCCUCGGCAUGACUGAGGACCUGCUCAAAGACGAUCCCUACGAAUCCGACCAAGACCUCGAAGCCCGUUUCAGUGACGAAGAAGAGGAAGAAAUUAGUUUGGAAGAGGAAAUGCGUCGUUUUCAAGAAUGGGUCAGCGGAAGAAAGCGCAAGCGGAGGGAUGAAGCUGAACUGGAGGCCAAACGGCAGGCCAAGGCAAUGAGACGCGCCGCGGAGCCCGUCCCUGAAUUCUUACAACACCGUGUAUACCUUCGAGCUCAUGGCCACAGAACUGACAAGGGCCAAGUCACUUAUGAGCCUGACGCUGGCCACCUGGAUUUCCGGACCGAUGACUGUGUGGAAUUCGCUGGCCGAGUCUAUCUAAUGACGUGGGUUGGUAAAAACGUCUGGUUCUACGGCUACAAGGUUUCAGACACGCCGCGUGUGGAGCCGGAAGACUAUGAUACACUUUUUAAGAGAUCUGGGCUCAAGCAUAUAAAAUCGGAUGUAAAGAACUUGUAG